GAUCACUGUAUCUUCUGUGACACUACAAUUUCUGUCUACUUGUGUCGCUGCAGGGACGCACCGUGGCGCGUUCGUUUUCUUGCAGCGCACAGACGCACUUACGCGCUGCGAAUGACCAGAGCUGGGUAGGACGCAGCGUAGCCGGGGCUCAGAGACGUAACGAAAUAGAAAGAGGCUUUCUUGAGGAAUUUAAAGGUGGGUCGGCUCGCUAGCUGACCGCAAGCCAGGCAUGGACGACAAGUCAUUCACCAAGGAGCUGGACGGAUGGAUUGAACAACUGAACGAGUGCAAACAGCUAUCAGAGAAUCAGGUCAAAGUCCUGUGUGAAAAGGCCAAGGAAAUCUUGACAAAAGAGUCCAAUGUGCAGGAGGUGAGAUGUCCAGUGACAGUCUGUGGAGAUGUCCACGGGCAGUUUCACGACCUCAUGGAGCUGUUUAAGAUAGGGGGGAGGUCUCCAGACACCAACUACCUCUUCAUGGGAGACUAUGUUGAUCGAGGCUACUAUUCUGUGGAGACUGUUACGCUCCUAGUUUCCCUUAAGGUGAGGUUCCGAGAGCGAAUCACAAUUCUCAGAGGGAACCACGAGAGCAGGCAGAUCACGCAAGUGUAUGGUUUUUACGACGAGUGCUUAAGGAAAUACGGAAAUGCAAACGUUUGGAAGUACUUCACAGAUUUGUUUGACUAUCUGCCCCUCACAGCGCUGGUAGACAACCAGAUUUUCUGCCUCCAUGGAGGAUUAUCCCCUUCAAUAGACACACUGGAGCACAUCAGAGCGCUGGAUCGCUUGCAGGAGGUUCCUCACGAGGGCCCAAUGUGCGACUUGUUGUGGUCAGACCCAGAUGACCGUGGUGGCUGGGGAAUCUCACCCCGUGGUGCUGGCUACACGUUUGGGCAGGACAUUUCUGAGACUUUCAACCACGCCAACGGCCUAACCUUGGUUUCAAGAGCCCACCAGCUGGUGAUGGAGGGUUACAAUUGGUGCCACGACCGAAAUGUAGUGACAAUCUUCAGUGCACCGAACUAUUGUUAUCGUUGUGGCAACCAGGCAGCAAUAAUGGAACUUGAUGACACAUUAAAAUACUCCUUCCUACAGUUCGACCCGGCGCCGCGCAGAGGAGAGCCACAUGUGACGCGGCGUACACCGGACUAUUUCCUGUAAAUACCGCCGGUGAGGAUGGUAACAUGCUGCACAGAGGCUUGAGAGACGAAGCAUUCACGCGCUCUGAAAGUGUGUGUGCCAUAAUCACAAUGAUCUUAAUAAACUAUCACAGCGAGCUAAACACCACCAUCCUUUCAACCUUUUCCUCUCUCUGCAUGAUGUUUUAACUGCUAGGAAUUAUCGCUACUAUGAACUAUACCGUCGUACCUGCUGGUUUGUCAGGGAAACUGAAACAACUCAUGCUGAGAUUAAAUGUUAGUAACCCUUGUGUUAAUAAUGACCGGAUUGUGUUGCCAAUAUACAGUAUAUGAGAUGCGUCUUUCACUUGGCAUGACCUCAGAUCAGAAGUUGCAGUGCAUAUAAUGUGAACCUUUUUCUUUGUAACAAGCACUAAUGUUUAUUUCGUGAGAUGAUAGGGUUAACGUCAGAGAUGUUUGCACUUUUGUAUUUGGUUUUUAUCACAUGGCACUGACAGACUGCGUUCUUUUUAUACUCUGCUGUAGUCUAAGUAGCUCUCUUUCUGCUGUCUGUUAAAGGAGUGAGUGUAAACCAUGUGAGCAGGUACAAACAGCUUCAGAUGUAAAAAAGAAACAAGUCGAUGUUUUGCAGGCACAGCUGUACAAAAAUAAAGACAGAAUCUGCUUCGUCA